AGGGAGUUGGUUCUGCCCACUCUCUGGGCAGGGAAGAGUGGCUGGCCCCUGGCUCAGUCCCCUUCUCCUGGCACAGAGGCUUCCCUGGGCACAGUAGCCCAUUACCAGCUGAAGGAAAGCCCCCUUGCUGCAUGGGGGGGGGGCUGGAUAGAGACAAAUCACACACUGACUGCCCCGUGUGCCAACUCUGGGCCGGCUCUUCCUGUGCUGGCAGAAGAGGGAUUCAGCAGCACCUGAGCCUGGUCUAGGGAGAACGUCUGAAGUGGCCCAACCCUGACCUCGGCAAAUGGUCUCCCCUGACCUACGGAUCCCCAUUCAUGCUGUUCAUGCAGCUCAGAAUGCAGAGACCUGCACAAUAGGUCCAAACCAGACAUCCUGGAACCAGGUGCGAAAAUAGGGACCCGAUGGUAUCCUCCCCUUUGUGAGUGACGUCUUCAUCACCCCUCCUUCGGCCAAACCACCAUAAAGGCAGGUGCUUCCAUGGGCCAACAGCCCUGAGAAGGUUCUGCAGGAUGCUGAGCCUUAAACCACAGUUUGCAAACUUGGGGUGCGCUGAUAAACCAUAUUCUCAGUUCAUGCAACCAGGCAGGAAAACUGGAGCAAGACCAGAACUUGAGUGCCCAGGAAAGUAAGAUCUUGGCCCAGCGGAAACUUCAAGCCAGAAAAUAUUCCACUGGAUACAAAUGAACUCAAAAGAAUUUGCAAACCAUUUGACAACUGCUCCCACCGCCUUCUCCCCCUUUCCUUCCGGCCUCAGGUCUUCCUUCCCUCUUUGGAAAGAGGGUCUCCGUGGCAGGGAGGGUCUGCAGAGAUGCGGUGGGAAGGUGGAGCCCUUUUAGCCUCACCUACCCAGGCUCCCCUCGGCUUCACAGCUGUUGGGGAACCGGGGUCCCCUGGGUUGAAUUUUGAGAGCCCUUCCCUGCUGCACAAGGCUUUGGGGCCCUUGCGAAAUCAAGAGACUUGCUCAUGGGGGUCCCUCGGGGCCAGUUUCCCAGUAAGGCGACGGUCCCUUGCUAUGCACAAUAGGUGGGUCUCAGCCAGGAAGCUGUGAGCAGGUGUUUGAAGGGCAGAAAAACAGCCUCUUUCCCUUGCCCAAGCAACUUGUGCUCCUGGAUGGAGGAUCAUUUUGCAUGCAAAGUGUUUUUGUUGUCUUUUGCGUCCCUCUGUGCCAAGUAGAGUGGUCCCAGCAGGAUGAUCACAUGCAAGAGGCAGAGCGGGGGAGGGGGAGCUUCCAGCAAUCCAGUGGGGAGAUGGUAGGGAUGGUUCUAUCAAAUUUAGUUUUUAAUAUUCCCAGGAGAAAUGUUUCCGGAUUUUACUCAGUUUGGCAAUUUAUUAAACCUUGUAGCCAACCUUGUAUUUUGGUCCAAUACUUUUUCGCUUCGGGGCAUAACCACCAGGCAUGAAAGAAGGUACCCUGGUGCUGGUUGCAUUUCCAGCACUUGGGGCUUACGUUUGGGUACAUUUUAGCCAGCCUUGCUGGGGCCAAGUGCCAACGAUAAGAGCAUUUUAUACUGGUUUUCCUUAUAGGCAACCAAUUUUGUUAAUGUGUAGUUUUUGAUCCAGAUUGUUUCCCAAUUGUCUAGAUUUAUAUUAUGCCCUAUAUUUUUAGCCUAUGCAAUCAUCGGUUCUUUCACCACCUCCUCUGCUCUAUCGAAUUCUAAUAAAUAAUUGUAUAAUUUGGAUAUUAAUUUUCUUUCAGGGCCAAUCAGCAAUUUAUCCAGUUGUUUUGGUCCCAUGUCAAUUCUGUAUUCUUCCACAUCUUUCUUAUAUCUGGAUGGCAGUUGAGCUGCCUGCCUGGAGUCCAGAGCUGUGGCAGCCCAGAACUGGAUGAGAAGGGAAGACCAAGAAAGCCCAGGUGCCUUUGGGAUCACCAUGCGGCCUGGAUGAUGGAGAACCUCCAGAGACAUCGGAGCCUCUAUUGAGGGGGCGGUGGUGCAAGAGCAGGAUGCCCCAGGAGCUGUGGAUUCAUUCCUCUCUGCGUUUACGCUGGUGAUCACAGUCACACCUUGAGGCCAUGAGUUCCACAGACGAAUAUUCCCAGCAAGUUCGUGUUACAAUCCACAGUACUUUUUUAAUAUAUAUUUUUAAAUUUUAUAAACGAAGAAAUAUUUAAUACAUCAGUCAUUCCUUCCGUGUGACAUCUCGGUGUUUUCUUCAUGGCUCCCUCCCUUUUUGUUGUUUCUUCUUUCUUCAUUUCACUUUAAUCUAUUACCAUUUUUUCACCAGUACAAUAUUCUAAUUCUACCAUUUUCUUACAUAACUAUCCAUUGCUUAUCUAUAUCUUUUUUCUAACCAAUGGUAAAAUUGAUCCCAUAUCUUAAAAUACUCUGAAUCCUCUCUUUCUUUAAUCAUCAAAGUUAAUCUAUUCAUUUCUGCACAAUCUAAUUUUUUUUUAAUAACUUCUCCUUCCAGGGAUAUUUUCUCUGUUUCCCAGUUUUAUGCAAAAACAAUUUGUGCUGCUGUUAUUACAUAUCAAAUAAAUAUUUUCUUUGCUUGUUUUUCUGAGAUGAUACCCAAUAAGAACAGCUCCGGUUUUAAAUCAAUGUGUUGUUGGGUCAUUUCUUCUAACCAUGUCUUAAUUUUAUUAAUCCACAGUACUUUGAGGGCGCUAGGGACGGGGUCCCUUCCACUGAGUAUGCUGGCGGGGGUCCCUCGUUCCUGCCUUUGCGGUGGCGUUUGGCGCCCUCCGGGGGCCACAAGACUCGCUGCACCGAUCAGAAGGCUCCCCAGAACCGGAGGAGGUCUGCUCCGUCCCUCGCCGCCUCAUUCAGGAGUCCGCUGCCCGCCUGGGCCAUUUGGCCCGGAGGGAGGGAGGGAAGGCGAGCGACUACCGCGAAGCGCGCGGUUCCUGGGCAUGCACAGACCGCCGGGUUCUCAGGAAAAGCUUCGUUCGCGCGCGCGACCCCGCUCUUCGCUGUGGGCGCGUGGCGGAGGCGGAGGCGUGGCUAGUCAGCCGAAUCCCCGCGUCUCCUGGGCCCGCCGGGCUAAGCGAGCCGCCGCCCCAGCCGCGCCGGGCAAGAACCGUUGCGCGCGCGUGCGCGCGGCUCGGAUCUCGCCGCCUCGCGAACCAGCCAUGGAUGCUCCCGCGCGGACUCUGAGCCGCCGCCGCUGCCGCCUCGUCGUCUGCUUUCUCCUCCUCCCGCUGGCCGCCCAGCUCAGUGGUGCCAGGAAGGUCCACCUGCCCCCAGGGCCCUUGUACCGUGUGGAAGGCACCACCCUCGCCAUUCCCUGCAACGUCUCCGAGUUCGAGGGUCCUUCUCUGCAACAGUUUGAGUGGUUUCUGUAUCGGCCGUCGGCUCCUGAUAUCUCCAUCGGCAUGGUCAGCACACGAGACCCCAACUUCCCUUAUGCUGUUUUUGGGGCCCGAGUGCAGGCUGGCAACAUCUCCAUCCUGCGCAAUCGGGGUGAUGUUGUGGAACUGCGUGUAAGGGCGAUCCGGAUGGAGGACGCGGGGGUGUACGAAUGCUACACACCCACCACGGAUUCCAAAUACCAGGGCACCUAUAGUGCUAAGGUGGAGGUCAGAGUUAUCCCCGACCAGCUCUCUGUCUCUGCUGCCCCUCCCUCUGGUGCAAAGCCUGCUCUCUGGGGCCGGGGGGCUGCUCCCCCUCCCCAGUUGUUGCUUCUGGAGAGCCAGGACCUGCUGCUCACCUGCUCCGUGGCCAGCGAGACCCAGCAGCACACCCACCUCUCGGCCUCCUUCACCGUCUCCGCACCUGGCAGUCCCCGGCUGCAGCAUGAGGUGAUUGGGCUGCGGCGGGACUUUGCCCUGGAGGCAGCUGGGCGUUUUGCCCCACGGCGCCUGGCCCGGGAGCUCUCCCUGGUCAAACUGGGUGACUGGAAAUACCAGAUGGCGCUGGAUCGGCUCAAGCCAGAGGACUCCGGGACUUAUCACUGUGCUGCCGGCGAAUGGAUCCAGGAUCCCGAUGGUAGCUGGCAGCAGAUCACUGAGAAGCGGGUAGCACUGGCUGAUGUUUCCGUUCAAAGCAUAGCGAGCCAGCUCUCAGUGUCUGCCGGCCCACCCAGAGCCCUGCUCAGCCCCAGAGAUUCCCUGGAGCUCUUCUGCAACGUCUCCGGAGCCCCCAUCCUCCUCCUGCCCCAGGUUGCCUUUGCGGUCAGCUGGGAGCUGAGGAAGGAGGCUGCCGGGGAGGGGCAUCUCAUCGCUCGGCUGGAGGCCAGUGGAGGGCUUGUCCUGGGCCAGAACUACGCCAACCGCAAUGUGGGCACGAGGCACGUCUCUCUACAGAAGCUGGCCUCCCCUCUGGGCGCUUUCCUGCUGCGGAUCGAGUCGGCCCAGCCGGCAGACAUGGGCUUGUACCGCUGUCAGGUUCAGGCCUUUUCACGGUCUCCAAGCGCAGAGUUGCGUCUAUUGGCCACCCUGAGUUCCGAGGUGGUCAGCGUGGAGGUCAAGUCCCAAGCCGUGGUGCUGGGGGCUGUUGCAUGGCUGCCCUCGCCUACCCUCUACCGCGGCAGCACAGCCGAUGUUCGGUGCAAUGUCUCCGUGGAAUCGGCUCAGGACGUCCACCUGGCCCUCAGCUGGUGGGCAGAGCUGCCGCAGCCGGACUCCUCCCCACUUGGGGUCAUCUUGGCCGCCGUGGACCGGGAGGGGGUGGCGCAGCUGGAGAAGCCGCCGUCGGGAGUGGUCCUGAGCGUGGAUAAAGUGGGGCCACAGAGCUACCGGUUGCGCCUGCACGCGGUCCAGCCGUCCGAUGAAGGGGGCUACUAUUGCGCUGUGACCGCCUGGGUGCGCUCCCCUGACCGCAGCUGGUACCAGGCAGCUUCGGCCAAGUCCAACGUGGUCACCGUGUACCCAUAUCCGCUGGCCAUGGACACCCUCCUCAUCCCUCUGGUGGUCGGCAUCUCCAGCGCUCUCCUCCUGGGCAUCUCCAUCCUGGUCUCGGUCACCUGCUGCUUCAUGGCCAGGCUGCGCAAGAGCAUUGCAAUCUUGCCAGCCAGCAGGAUGGUUCCUUCUCAGCCAAAUCGCUCUGCUCUGUGUCUGUUUUCGUUCUGCCUGAGGGCCAGUGGGAAUGGACUUCCCUUCGUCCCCCCCCGCCUCCAUCUGCAGACCCUUGCUGCUGCUCUGCUUAACAACACUGGUGGUUGCUUCCUGCUCAUCAAGGCAGCCAUGUCGUCUGCCACCAUCUGUUUGGACUCUGCUGGAACGUCCUGGAGACUCACCCAAAGGCCCAGGGCAGCCAUCUCCCAAGGCCCGGAUUGUGCCGGAUGAACCCCUUGAGGGGAUCAGGGUCACCGUUCCAUCCCAUGCCUGGCCUCCUGAGGAUCUGAGCCUCCCCCUCCCGCUGGCCUUGGUUUCUUGGUGCCAAAGCUGCUGCUGGAGUCCCUGAUGGGCAGAGGGAGAGGCCGUAGCAACAGGCUGCACCCCAGCGGGGGAACUGGGCACCAGCAGAAUGGCCGGAGCAGAGCAGCCAACGUCUUUUGGGUUUUGAAGAAGAGCGGCUCUGUGUCCAGCGGCUGGGCCGUUUCUAGCCAAGGGGAGGGCGGGGCUUUGUUUCUGUCCCACUCUGCAAAUGUCCCAAGCAUUCAAUCCCAGCAGGCACCUCUGGACUUCUCUAGGAAAGCAGCGGUGCCAUCAAAGGAAGCAAGUCAUCGUUAAGUCAUUUGUGUUGUGUGUGUGUGAGUGUGUGCAUGCAAGCGGGAGACCCUUACUUGGCUCCCCUUCAAAUUCCGUUGCCAGCAGGAAAGGCCAGGCUGUGCCCACAGCUCAGUGCCCGUCCAGAGCGAGUGGCUUUGGGUUCCUGGCAUCCUACGGGCGUCUCCUGUACGUGCAAUUUUGCCCUCUGCUACCCAGUUCGGAGGGAAGAGGGUGAGACCUGCCCAGCCAGGAGCAUUCGAUGGUGCUCAAAUUCAAAACUGGGGCCCUCCCACUCGAGGGAGGGGAGAAGCUCUCAAACUUGAAUAACGUUCAUGGGGCCAAAUGGAAUUUUAAUAAAAAUGUGAACCGCAGACUCACUUUCAAGUUUCCUGUCAAAUUUUCUGAUGCCCCAGAAGCAGGAGCCACAAGAUCUGGCAGUAUAGGGUAAGGAGGCAGCUUCUAAACAGGCUGGCUGGGAACUAUGGGAGUUGAGCUCCUGGGCAUCAAGAGGGCACUGGGAGAAAAACUACCGAGUGGUACCUGAAGGGGCAGCUUGGUUCCUCCAAAGGGGAAGUGAGGCGGACUCUCUGGGUGUGUCUAGCAUGAGGGAGUUGAUUGAAUCCUCUAGCCCAGGGGUCUGCAACACUCAAAGAGCCAUUUGGAUCUGUUUCCCUCAGAAAAACACACCAGAACAACUAGACACAAGAACAGUUUUUUCCCAAACGCCAUCACUCUGCUAAACAAAUAAUUCCCUCAACACUGUCAAACUAUUUACUAAAGCUACACUAUUAAUCUUCUCAUCGUUCCCAUCACCCAUCUCUUUCCACUUAUGACUGUAUGACUGUAACUUUUUAUUGCUAUCAUUAAGGGUUAAAUUGCAACUUAUGACCGUCAUUUGUGUUGUAAAUGUUGUACCUUUCAUGAAGGUAUUUUUUUUCUUUUUCUUUUAUGUACACUGAGGGUAUAUGCACCAAAACAAAUUCCUUGUGUGUCCAAUCAAACUUGGCCAAUAAAUUCUAUUCUAUU